AUGUCCGAGCUCGACACGCCGCCUCUGGUGCUGUGUGGCUGCAUGGGGCUCGCAGGCGUCGUCCUGACGCUCUGUGUCGUGUACCCGGCGUACUACCAUCUCCCUGGAGACGACCACGGCCGCUUCGAGGACUUUUACAAUACGUGGCACAAAUUCUCCCGCUCCCCCUUCAUCCAGCUUAUGCUGGGCAUCUACAGGCGCCGGCCCCUCUCGAGUCUCAAGCUCUCGUCGGUUUGGGGGGCCAUCCUUAGCAACGCGCGGCCAGCGCUAACCUGGGCGGUGCAGCUCUUCCUCUUUUACGAGGUGACGGCGGGCGCGUACGGCGAGGCGUGGAAGGGUGCCGCCAGCUUUGUGCAGCUCGGGGGCUUUGGGCUGCUACUGCUGGGCAUGGCGGCCUCCGUCCGCCUGUCCCUGAUGGGGCCGACGGCGUUCCGCACGUCACGCAUGUCGGUCAAGAACCCGAGUCUGAAGCAAAAGCUGGUGGAGCCGUGA